UCUCCGCUGCGGCGCAGCACCGUGCGAAAGGGCGCAGGACCGCACUGAGGCAGGGACCCAGCUGAAAUGUUGGAAAGUGGGAUUCAGGACGCCGCAGAGGGCAGCGGCGGCUCGCCGAAACAGCCCCCACCGCCGCCGGACGUCGGCAACAAAGUGGACGUGGUGCUGGGGGCUCAGUGGGGCGACGAGGGGAAAGGAAAAGUUGUGGAUCUGCUGGCACAGGACGCCGACGUAGUGUGCAGAUGUCAGGGAGGCAACAACGCAGGACACACAGUGGUGGUUGACUCAGUGGAGUACGACUUUCACCUCCUCCCCAGCGGCAUCAUCAACCCCAAGGUCACUGCCUUCAUUGGCAACGGUGUAGUGAUCCACCUUCCAGGCUUGUUUGAAGAGGCAGAAAAGAACGAACGCAAAGGGAAAAGUCUACAAGGCUGGGAGAAAAGGUUGAUCAUCUCAGACAGAGCACAUAUCGUGUUUGACUUCCACCAAGCGGUUGAUGGCGUUCAGGAACAGCAGAGACAAGAGCAAGCAGGCAAGAAUCUCGGAACAACAAAGAAGGGCAUUGGUCCAGUGUACUCGGCCAAGGCAGCACGUAGUGGUCUCAGGAUAUGUGACCUGCUGGCUGACUUCAAUCAGUUCUCUGAAAGGUAUAAAGUAUUGGCCCAGCAGUACAAGGCCAUGUACCCCACUCUGGAGAUUGACAUAGAGGGAGAACUUGUCAAAUUAAAGGACUACGUGGAGCGGAUCAAGCCCAUGGUGAGAGACGGUGUGCACUACAUGUACGAGGCUCUUCAUGGUCCUCCGAAGAAGAUCCUGGUGGAGGGAGCCAACGCAGCGCUGCUGGACAUAGACUUUGGGACGUAUCCGUUUGUGACAUCGUCCAACUGCACGGUGGGCGGGGUGUGCACUGGUCUCGGCAUGCCGCCUCAGAACGUCGGGGAGGUUUAUGGUGUCGUCAAGGCGUACACCACCCGAGUGGGGAUUGGAGCGUUCCCCUCAGAGCAGAACAAUGAGAUCGGAGAGCUGCUACAGACUCGAGGGAAGGAGGUGGGCGUAACCACAGGCCGGAAGAGACGAUGUGGUUGGCUGGAUCUGGUGCUCAUCAAAUAUGCACACAUGAUUAAUGGCUUCACUGCUUUAGCACUCACCAAACUUGAUAUACUUGACGUGUUCGCAGAGAUCAAAGUGGGCGUAGCGUACAAAGUCGACAACCAAACUAUACCUCACUUUCCAGCCAAUCAGGAGGUAUUGCAGCGUGUGGAGGUCCAGUAUGAGACACUACCUGGCUGGAACAGCGACACCUCAGCUGCUCGGAGCUUCGAGGAGUUGCCUGAAAAUGCCCAGAAAUAUGUCCGCUUCAUUGAAGAGCAUGUGGGAGUGCCUGUCAAAUGGAUCGGAGUGGGCAAGUCUCGGGAGUCCAUGAUCCAGCUGUUCUAGAGGGAAGGAGGAGAAACGCGAGCAAAGAGGAUGCACAGCAGCGAAUCAACUGUACCCUUCUUCCUUUCACCCCCACACACAGCCUACCUACCUGUCUCAACUCUCCGACACAGACACGACCAUCAUGUCUGUCCUGUAGAGCUUCACACCUGUGUAUCAUCAGACCGGACCUAUCUGGCUCACACUCCCAUCAGACUCACCUCCCUGUGCGAGCAGUUCCCGACGUCUCAUCUGGAUUUUUAACAGUUUUAAAGUUUAAAAGGUGUUCCGCGGGCAAGCCCCCUCUUUAAUUUGUCCCCGCUUCUAUCGUAGCCGUUUUUAUUUCAGACGUACGCCACAGUCGGCAACACCAGCUGCCAUCAGGUCUGACAGAGGACGUGAGGACACGGACUCAACACACACCCCUCGGAGGAACUAUCCACAGAUGUUUGGUUGGUCAAACCUUGUACAAGUGUAUUUUUGUUAAUCUAUGCUGUGUUUUAAAUGCGCUGUGCCAGUCCGGUGUACAUCAGUUGUCAAGUUUUAACCUCGGCACUUUAGGUGCUUUGGACUGUAUCUGCUUCAUGUUUUAUUCUGCCAGGUGUGCAACACAUCCUGACUUGAUAAAGGGAUCCUUUAAUAUUUUAAAUGUGUCUUUUUGUGUUUGUUUUUUCGGCGUCUGACAAAUGUUAAAGAUUUCUUCUAUUGCCUUGUCAUUCAACCAAAAAAUUUGCUUUUAAAUUUCUUGUAGCUAGCGAUUGCUUCCACCGAACAGCGCUGUUGAUGAAAUGUUGACGUACAUCUUCCCGUACCGUGAGAAAAGGUACGUGUUUUUCUGUUUUUAGUGGGUGAGUUUUCUAUGAUACCAGUACACAGAAUCUGGUGUAACUAUCACUUUUUCAAAUCAAAAUCAAAUCACUAGGCCAGCAUCUGUCCACUCGCGCUCUUGUGAUUUUUUUUUUUUAUCUUACAAUCACCUUUGAUUACUUUCAGUUCAGUGUUGUGUUAAAGUGAAGAGGAAGGCAACAGUAACAGCUUUACACAGAGAGAAGAAAAGUGUAAAUAUGGGUUGAUACAUACUGUGUAAGGCAGUUGAUCAUCUUUCACUUUGUUUGUUUUUUUGUCCAAAACAGAAAAAUAAGUCAGUUCACGCAUUGUUCCGAGAUGGUUACCCUGACUGUCAGUCUCAUAGUCCCAUAAUUUAAACAGUCUAAAUAUGGGUUGGUGGUUCUACUGUGUGUUGUGUUGUUAUUUUCAACAUGUGAGAAAAGUAUUACACUGAUAUCCCAGACUUGGAAUUACAAGUAGGUGGCUGUUGUGUGUCUUUCCAACUCGGCUGCUUUUAUUUACAAACUUUACAAUAUGACAUGAAGGCAGCAUUGUUCUUCCUGUCUUUGGAAUUUGUACACUGUUAACAUGGGCCUUUAGAUAUCUGGAUUGUUACGCUAAAGGUUUACUCCAGUGGUGUAGCAUUGCCCUUCCAACGAAGUUAAGCUGGUCACAAGAGACACAAGUUAGUUUAACCAAUAUAUCACAGAGGUAUUGUUCCCAAUUUUAACUUGAAUUCGUAAAAUACUCUUCUUUUUUUUCCACUUCACUGGAGGACGUAUUUGCCACCAGAUAUGCUCUGAAUGUGUUUUUAUUUUUUUUAAGUCAGAGGGUUUAGUUACGCAUUUCAGGAAUUUUACUGCACAAUACAAAGUAUAGCUUAAACAACGACAUGAAUGGGUUCAUUACCAGAACUUUUUCAUAGAGGUCAUUUUGCUGGACAGUAUUCAGUCAUAUGAUCAGUAUAAAUAUAACUAUACAUUUUUUUUGUAAUCUCUUCCCUAAUGACCUAAACAUACUAUCACUUCUCUCAGGACAUGAAUGAAAUUACUUUUUUUUAAAAGUAAAUUUGUGCAGACCUGCUCUGCAGGAGUCCAGAAAACAUUCAGAAUUCCUGCAGAGCAGUUUUAGCAUUUUUGAGAAGCAAAGCUGCUCCCAUUGAUAAACAAAGCAAAUCAUUCACAUAACUGUAUUUACUGAUUCAUGGACACACUCUUGCUCCCUUCUGCCCCCUAGUGGCAGUUAAGAGGGAAGAAAACAAGUGACUCCAGAUCAUUCAUUCAUUUCUAUCUGCUUCUCUGAACGAUGUCUGUUUAGUAUCCAUGACCCUAUAUCUUCUGUCUCCUAACACUGUUGUGUUUGUCUCCUGCUGUUAUUUGCACAUUUAUCCCUUUACCUGCUCACACUGCCAACUUUCACGGAGUUCCCUCUCACAGACUCCUACCGUGGCAUCUGGUUAAGACUAAAUGAAUGUUUUAGGCUACAUACAUGCAAUACGCUCAUAAAAACUCUUGUGCUAACUCUUUUGUUCUUAUUUAACCCCCCUCGUUUUAUUUCCUUUAAAGUCAUUUUCAGGUUGGAAAAAAAAUCAUCACAUUUUCAAAAAAUUUAUCCUGACAUGAUACUUUGGUGUCUUUGGAAACUUUGGGAUCUCCACUAGAAUUUAAAAUAAAGUUCUGUGGGUUUGAA